CUGCUCUCGCGCGCCCCUCGCUUGGGAGGCCGUUACCGCUAGCGUUCGAUUUGCGCCUUAACUUUCGUCAAACCCGCUUUAAAAUUAACGGUUGACGAUGUUACAAUUUUUUUUGAAAUGACAACCGCCGUCGAUGAGUAUUAAGAAAACUCCUUUCCCGCCCGUGGUGUUGAUUUGAGUUGUUUUCUAUGUUGGGAAAGCAGCAGUGGCGAAAGAGCGGGUGAGUACGGAGCGCUAGCUGCGGUUGCUGGCGAGAUGUCGGCGGAGGAGGACACGGAGCUGCGGGACCUGCUGGUGCAAACGUUGGAGAGCAGCGGCGUGUUAAACAAGAUCAAGGCUGAAUUACGGGCAGCUGUAUUCCUAGCACUUGAAGAACAGGAGAGAAUUGAAAAUAAAACACCACUGGUUAAUGAGAGCUUGAAAAAGUUUUUGAACACAGAGGAUGGGCGCUUGGUGGCUGGUCUUGUUACUGAAUUUCUCCAGUUUUUCAACCUUGAUUUUACUUUGGCAGUAUUCCAGCCAGAAACAAACACUUUCACUGGGCUUGAUGGACGAGAAAAUUUGGCAAGGGAGCUAGGAAUCCAUGAAGGAGAUGGCUUGAAGGGUGCACCUAUCUUAUUGGAGGUGAUGCGAAGAAAUAGACAAAAGGGAAAAGCUCAUAGUCUUGCUGAAGGAGACCAAGUUGCCUGUAUUCCAAAGGAAUUAUCAGAAAAGCACGUAGCAGAAGCCAAGAAAAAGUUUGAAUUUUAUGAUAAUGACAAGAAUGGUGAAAUAAGUAAAGAAGAAUUGAGAGAACUAUUCCUAGAUCUCUUCCCUCAUUUUAACAAGAAUAUGCUGGACAGAUAUGUAAAUGAUGAAUUUAGAGCAGUGGAUAAAGAUUUUAGUAAUGCAAUUGAUUAUGAUGAAUUUCUGGGAAUGUAUAAAAGGCUAUUCAUCCAGUGCAGAAGUGUGGUAGCUCAAGAUAUUUCUGGUAUGGUGCAGUCUCCACGUAAGACUCCAGAAGGGAGGCAAAGUUCUUUAAAUAUAGGCAGCAAGAUACCUAGAUACAAAGGAACUGGUAAAGUUAAAGAGAGCGGAGAGAAAGCUGGUGAGAAGGUCAUUGACACCAAUCUUGGAGAUACCAGUAUAGCUUCAGGUGACAUAAAAACUAUAGCUAAUCAGUCUUCUGGUGAGCCAAAGCAAGAUUUGUUGUCUAACACACCCACCAACCUCCCAGAGAAAGAUGAAAAAAUAUAUUUCGGUGAAGAUGAAGAUUCAUUCUUUGAUGACCCGUUGCCUGAACAAAUGAAAACCUAUGGUUGGCAGACUGAUUUGAAAAGUAAACCAGUGGGCAGUCUGACGUCCCUUUCAGAUGCUCCUCCCCUGACAGCAAGCCUGGGGAAUCUGGCAGGAGACCCUGCAUUAAAAGAAACUGAUUUAAAAGGUGAUGAAGAAGAGUAUUACGAUGAUGAUUUCAUUAGUGGUAGUCAACGUUCAGAUAAAACCAAGAGUGAAGUGAGCAUUGGAGAGGAGAUUGAAGAGGAUAUUUCUUUAGACGGGGAAGAUUUUUGUACCGGUGAUAAGCUCGAUGACUUUACACAGGACCACACCAUAUCACGCUGCAGUGAUGUGGCAGAUUAUAUAGAGGAGGUGCCAUAGUAGCAUUGGCACUAUUAUGUACAUCACUGUACAGAUGAAUAGUUUUUGCUGCUUCUGAUGUUCCGAUGAAAUUCUGAAGCGAUGAAGAUGGAAUUGGCCUGUCUGAAAUGUUUGUUGAAUGUGGUGUUAAACUAAGCCAACUGGCAAACCACAGACCUCAUACAACACUCAGAAAUGAAGCAAUCAAAAUGGUACUGAUUUAAGCAGUGGGAAGUCAGCAGGUAGUCCUGAGACCAUCGUUCAAUAUUCAGUCAAAAAGGUUUUUUAUUUAGAAUUAAUAAGUUUGGUCCUAAGUUGUAAUGAUAAAAGCAUUAUGAUUAAAAGUUCUUUUUAAUGCUAACUUACAUUUUCAAAUCUUUGUAUUGAAAAAGUGUUUUCAAAAACGUGUGUAACCUUUUUUAGAAGUGGUUGAGAACUUUCAAAUAUAUUUAUU